AUUGGUCAACAAAAUCUAGAAACAUGGCGUGUCUCCAUGUUAUCUUGGUGACGUUUGCGCUGAUGUUGGGUGGACCAGGCUAUGGAAAUGCGUCUACUAGAGACCUAGACGGUUACCGUUACCGGACGUUCACAACUGAACGUAACUACGACCAGGCGCAGGCGACUUGUGUGUCAUAUGGUGGACAUCUGGCACAUAUCAAAAGUUCCCGUCAGCAGAGUGUUCUCGCAAAUAUGGCAGCGGUAGACGGGGGUGAAAGCUACUGGAUCGGUCUCACAGAUAGACAGUCGGAGGGCGCUUGGCGUUGGACCGACGGAACACGUGCGUAUUACACCAACUGGUCUCCGGAAAACCCAGACAAUGGAGACGGAAAUCAGGACUGUGCGAAUUUGUGGAACAAAUAUGACUUCACACAUUGGGACGAUCUGCAGUGUGAUUUUUGGAUAAACUUUAUCUGCCAGACAGACAUCAACGAGUGCUCCAGUAACAACGGAGGAUGUGACCACAACUGUGUGAACACUGACGGGAGCUACCGCUGUACAUGUCGGAAUGGAUACCAGCAAUCUGGAUCAAGAUGCAUCGACAUAAACGAGUGCUCCAGUAACAAAGGAGGAUGUGACCACAACUGUGAGAACACUGUGGGGAGCUACGACUGUACCUGUCGGGAUGGGUACCAGGAAUCUGGAUCAAGAUGCAUCGAUGUGAAUGAAUGCCACAACAACAACGGAGGCUGCAGUCACAACUGUGAGAACGAUGUAGGGAGCUACCAUUGUACCUGUCGGGAUGGAUACCAGCUGUCUGGCUCAACUAAUUGCACUGACAUCGACGAAUGUGCCAGUGACCCGUGUCGCAAUGAAGGAACCUGCCAGGACCUGAUAAAUAAGUACAGAUGUGACUGUUCACCAGGAUGGACCGGUGUCACAUGCGAAGCAGAUGUGAAUGAAUGCGACGCCAAUAACGGACAGGGCUCUUGCGACCCUAAUAACGGCAUCUGCCAGAAUUCUCCAGGAAGCUACAAAUGCUGGUGCAAGGUUGGAUUCGACCUAAAGGAAGACCAGCACGGGUGCAAAGAUACUGACGAGUGUCUGGACAACGAUGGAAGAGGCCCGUGUGAUCACAUCUGUACGGACAUGUUUGGGAGUUACCGCUGUUCUUGUAGAGACGGAUACAGCACAGGGUCUGAUGGCUUCUCAUGUGUUGAUAACGAUGACUGCAGAUCCUACCCUUGUGAAAAUGGAGCGACCUGCCUUGAUGGAGGCGGAAACUACACUUGCCAAUGCCUGAGUGGAUUCAAAGGCGACAACUGUGAAUUCGCCCCAUGCAGUGAGGACUUCCCACCACCUGAGCACGGCUCCGCCACCUGUGCUGCUACCACCAGCGGCGGGCAGUUCUGCACAGUCGCCUGCGAAUCCCAACACGAGUUCGCCUGCACACCUGCUGACGGUUACAGCUGCGACCUGGCGGGUCAGUGGCAUGAGCUGGGCCGGACAACAUGUCCCGAUAGGCUGACGGAAAACGCACCCUGGCCGGACUGUUCGAGGUCACAUUACACAGGAUACCCUCGACAAAAGAGUGAGGUGGAUUUCUAUUUCGACGGAGACUGCCAAAGCAACAAUGCCAACAUCAUACAGAUGUUCGAGCGCCUGUUCAACACACUUGAUGGAGCAGCAACCUCGGGAUCAGGAACGUGCAACAUUGAGAACGUCAACGUGGCAUGUGGCAGCACUACGCGGUCUGUAGCAUACCCCAGAUCUGGCCCUGGUUUUGUUGUGCAGUUUGACAUCGUCGCCGUCAGCACCCUGCCAGCUGACCAGAUCACGGCUGUGGAUCAGGGCGAUCUCAUGUUUCUUCUCGGAGGCACUGCCUACGAGAUUGAAGACAAAAUCUACUCUGGAGAAUUCUUCAUGACCAUAGACGGCAGACGUGCAGAAGGCUUGUAUUUUGCAAUGACGGCCCCACCAGCAUUCGAAGCUGACUGCCAAGACGGGCAAAUGACUGUGAUUGAGAACUUCUCCGCUUACUGCCUGGAAUGUCCCAAAGGGACAUUCAAACCGGCUGACAACACAUCCUGUGUGAAGUGUGACUACCAGGAGUACCAGGACGAGGAAGGACAGUCUUCCUGCAAGUUUUGUCCUGCUGGAACAAACGCCGUCUUCAGAGGAGCGAAGGACAUCGCAGACUGCACAGCCCAUUGUGUGGGAGAUGAGUCACCUUGUGCCGACUGCCAUCUUGUUAGUGGGAGCUUCCGCUGCAAGUGUGCUAAUGGAUGGGUGGGCUCGAGUGAUGGCCUGGUCUGUGGACGUGAUGGUGACAUGGACGGUUUCUCCGAUGCCCCCAUCUCAUGUGGAAAUGAGACAUGCAUCUUGGACAACUGCCCAGGAGAGCACAACCCUGACCAAUUGGACAUGGACAAUGAUGGGAAGGGAGACGUGUGUGAUGAUGACAUAGACGGCGAUGGUGUUUCGAACGACCAGGAUAACUGCCCGAUGGAUCCCAACCCUGACCAGAUCGACUCGGACGGUGAUGGCAUCGGAAGCCUGUGUGACAACUGUGUCUCUACACCCAACCCUGGCCAGGCCAACAGCGGUGACGGUGCAACAGGAGACGCCUGUAGGGCAGUGUUGGAAGAGGUCAUCGCUAAGCUUUGCGAGAACCUGCCUGACGGAUCGUUCCGCCCCCACCCGCACGACUGCUCCAUGUACGUGCAGUGUCACCAGGCGGGACAUGACGCUGUGUUCAACUGCCCUCCGGCCACCCGCUGGAGCCAGGAACUGCUCACCUGUGCCAGUUCGGAUCAGGUCACUUGUGGCUAGGAGCAGAGGCAACACCAUCGACCAGCCGAAGCUGACUUAGGAGAGACGCUCUCUCCGAUCAUGGAUCUUUUACGGCUUUCAAAAGAGCUACGCUAUAGAGGAAACUAGUUAUUCGCGCAAAUUCUCCCUUGCUUGCUAUUUCACUUGAAUAAACAGUUGGCUACUAAAACUCAA